AUGACCCGUGGAAAUCAGCGUGAAUUGGCGCGUGCGAAGAAUCAGAAAAAGAAUGCCGGUCAACCGAAGCAACGGGACGAUGGGCUUACUCACGAGCAGAGGAAGCAGCGCGAUGCUGACAUAAUGCGACAAAAGCAGCAGAAAAAAGAGGAAGCAGCACAGCAUACGAUCAAGAGUUAA